AGGUGGGGAGCUCAGAGCGGGUGGGAGCUGGGAGGCAGUGUGCGUGUGUGUGGCCACGCCGGUUGUGUGCAUCCGGGAGGGCUCUCUCAGCCCUGCCAUGCCUGCCGGCCCUGGGGAGGACUGGGGGGAGGAGGGGAGCUGACGUCUGGGGCCGCUUGGUGACGGCGACGAGGCUGGCCAGCCAGACGGAGGUGGCCGCACUGCCCGCUGCCAGCGAUGGGGGGACAGAUCACCCGGAGCACCCUCCGCGACUCCAUCGGGGGCCCCUUCCCCACCACUUCUCAUCGCUGCCACCACAAGCAGAAGCACUGCCCCCCGGUGCUGCCCGGCGGGGGGCUACCAGCCACACCGCUGCUCUUCCACCCCCACACCAAGGGCUCCCAGAUCCUCAUGGACCUCAGCCACAAGGCCGUCAAGAGGCAGGCCAGCUUCUGCAACGCCAUCACCUUCAGUAACCGCCCGGUGCUGCUCUACGAGCAAGUCAGGCUGAAGAUCACCAAGAAGCAGUGCUGCUGGAGCGGGGCCCUGCGGCUGGGCUUCACAAGCAAGGACCCGUCCCGCAUCCACCCCGACUCGCUGCCCAAGUAUGCCUGCCCCGACCUGGUGUCCCAGAGCGGCUUCUGGGCCAAGGCGCUGCCUGAGGAGUUUGCCAACGAGGGGAACAUCAUCGCCUUCUGGGUGGACAAGAAGGGCCGGGUGUUCUACCGAAUCAACGGCUCCACUGCCAUGCUCUUCUUCAGCGGGGUGCCCACGGCUGACCCGCUCUGGGCCCUGGUGGACGUCUACGGCCUCACUCGGGGUGUCCAGCUGCUAGGCUCCACCAUCCUGGCUGAGCGGGGCAUCCCGUCACUGCCCUGCUCCCCGGCCUCCACGCCGACCUCACCCAGCGCCCUGGGCAGCCACCUCUCCGACCUGCUGCUCAGCCCGAGCAGCCCUGGGCCUCUGGGGAGCCCUGCUGGUGGGACAGCCCCCAACUCGCCGGUGAGCCUGCCGGAGUCUCCCGUGACCCCAGGCGUGGGCCAGUGGAGCGCCGAGUGCACCAUCUGCUACGAACACGCAGUGGACACCGUCAUCUACACAUGCGGUCACAUGUGCCUGUGCUAUGCCUGCGGCCUGCGUCUCAAGAAGGCCCUGCAUGCCUGCUGCCCCAUCUGCCGCCGCCCCAUCAAGGACAUCAUUAAGACCUAUCGCAGCUCCUAGCCUGCUGCGGUGCCCUACUCUGCACGCCCAACUCUGCAGACUUUGGCCCAGUUCUAGCUGAGGGCAAGCCAGCAGGGCCUCUUCUCACCUUGGAAACUCUUUCCUUUUCCACUAAACCUGGGAAGCUGAGGCCUCUGAAGGCUGGAGCAGAGAAGGGGUCAGGGGCAGGAGCACCUCUCUCCUGAGGGGAGGCGCCAGCUGCCUUCUCCCCAGCUGCUCCCUGUGUGCCAGCUUAGUCUUACGUUGGGCUCUCACCUGUCCUGAUCCUUCCUCCCCAGGGCGGAUUUCUAGGAGGUCCCUGUAGUCUGUGUGGCACUGAGGUGAGAACUAGAAAAUGUGCACCUUCCUAUGGGCAGAGCCCCAGGCUGGGCACUGGCUCUCAGCGGGGAGGGCUUGGGUUUUAGCCUCGCGGGCCCCCAGCCAGCAGUGCUUGAGCAGCGUGCAGUCUCUGUGAGAGCCCUGGGUGGGCAGCUCUCCAGUUGCCAGCUUCCCCGAUGCAUCUCCACCCUCUGGGCCUGGCCAUGGUGGGUAAGACGGUGGCAGUGGGGUCUUGCGGUGUGGGUGGUCCUGGGCAGCCUGCGCCUGGCCUCGCCCUCUGCCCUCUGCCCUGAUCAUUUCACUCGGUGCUGCUGCUCAGGCUGGGUGUGGCUGGGGGCGCUGUGGUGUGGGGCCUCUGAGAGCAGGACUGUGGCUCCCCACAGGCCUGUGACCCCUCAGAGUCGACAUGCCACUGAGAGGGGCGGGGCUGGUCCUCUGGGCUACAACCAGCCCUCUUCCUUAUUUUAAUUUAUUUAUUUAUUUGGCUUGUGGGCUUUUUGUGUGAGUUCCUGUUCCUCAGAGUGCUGGUGAGGGUGGCAGUAGAGGGGGCUGCCACCCCAGAUCGCCCCGCCCACUGGGCUGGUGCUCCAGCCCGAGGGGCAGGGCGCUGUGUCCUGGCUCCCAUCAUGCUGUGCGGCAGUCACCUCAGCGCCCUCCCUUGGCAAGCAGGAUAUGGAGUUGUAGUCCCAGCUGCUCACCUGGCUGGGUAGUGGUCCUAAACCCCAGGUCCUCCUGUGCAACGUGGCUGUUCGGGGAUGGGGCAGGCUCUUGGGGUGGCUCUGGGGUUCUUCAGUGGGGCUGCCGAGGGGUGCGAUGUGGGGGAGACUUUGGGCUAGGCCUCAGUGUGCCAGCCUCACGAGGCUGGGGAGGACAUCAUGCCACUCCGGUGAGUGACCUAGAGCAAGGACGGGGGUCCUGGGGGAAAGAGGUUGACAGUGCAGGGGCUGCCUGGCCUGAGGCCGGGAGAAGCAGCCCUCACCCAUUUUGUUAGUGCUGGGUUGUUGAUGCCUCAUUGUGAACUCGGUGGCCGUGAUGUGAAUAAAGGUGAUUUCGUACCAGCCUGAAGGCUGGGUGUUACAUGUG